CUUUUUCGCGCUCUGUAAGCCUUCUCUCUCUUUUUGGUUUGACAGAGAUUGGAUCCACUCCUGAUCACCGUUAAUUUAAAAAGAAAGACAAAAGCAAAGUUCCUUCUUUAUUCUCUUCACUCUCUGAAGCGGUUUUUUGUAUCUUUGCUUGCGGUUGCAGAGCGCAUAUUACAAUAUUUAGCAAAACUGCUCAAUACCCCACUUCCUCUCCCAACUCUUCUUUUUGAUCUCGUUACUUCUUGUAUCCGAACAGCACAUAUACGCGUACCUUCUAUACUUUAAGCAACCUCAUAUAUCUUUUAUACACUGUACAUAACGCAUUUCAUAUAGCACUCAAUGGGAGGAAUCACAGUUGCACACCACGAAUCGAAUGAUUCAUUUUCACAACAAUCGUCUUUCCCACCGACGCGUCGGAAAUCUGCAGAAGCACCUGUAUUGACCGAAGAGCAGAUCAACGAAUUGCUUGUUGGCACUACUCCUACCACCACACCUGGCGGAAGCCCGGGUGGCGUCGGGUUGGAAGAUUUGACAGGCGAGGUCCAGAACCUAAUGUUGAGAGAGUGGCUGGAUCCAUGGUCGUCAGCAUCGACUACCCCUUCACCUACUGCUGAUCUGACCGACUUUGAUGCCCAUCAACUGUCCUUGCAGCUCGAAAGCUUUUUUACGCAAGAUCCUCUGGAAGAAGGCUUGGCGCAUUCACCAUUCUACGAUGAAAUGACUUUUGUACCUGAAAACAAUGCGUUCGAGAUCAACGAAACAUUAUCGGUCUUGCCAACGACGGCAACUUUGAUGCCAGAACCAGUAGAACAGUUUUUGGAGAACCAGCAACAAAGUGUUAUUCCUUCAGCAGGGGAAGAAGAUGUCGUCGAAGUCGAAGCCGACGAUGAGAUCACAAUUCAAGAGCUUGACGCUACUGUACCUUUGCAGAACCAAGUGCUUCAGCCACCACCACAGCAACAACAACAUCAAUUUCAACAGCCUAUCUCAGAACCAUCGUCGCUCAAGCGACGUCGAGGCAGCAGCAGCUCAGAGAGCUCCUCUUCUUCCGAAUCAGACUCCGAGGAUGAUGACGAAGAAGACGACAACGAUGACGGUGUGAUUCCGACAACCGUAGCUAACAUGAGCAACCGACAACGAUACUGGUCCGACUCGUCUGAUUCUGAUUCUGAGGACGAGAGCCCCUCUCCUGGCCUCCACCGUUCCCGUGCCUCAUCACCGCUGGUUUCUAAUAGCAUUAUGCCUACCAGUGCCUAUGCAUAUAUGCACAAGCGCCAGAUUGAAGAAACCUUGUUGAGCAAGAUCACGAACCAGUUGCAACAGGACAAACUUCCUGGCAUUUUGGCCAUCUUGUCGUCCGAAAACAAUGGCGAGGAUGAAGUGGAAAUCGACUUAUCACGCCUUGAGCGGGAGCAGUUGGUACGGUUGCUGUGCUAUGUGGAAGCAUGCAUCAGUGAACAGAACGGCGGGCCGGCUGUUAACGUUGCAGAUUAUAUUGUCAAGGAAAAGCAGCAGCAAGCCAAGAAGAAGCAGCUGCCCGUAAUCCAGUCAGAUGAUUAUGAAGACGAAGAUGCCAUUCCUCGUGCUAAGAACAGCAGCAACAGCCGUCGUCGACGUGGUGGCAAUGCUAACAGCAAGAAGUCCAAGCAACAGCAACGCAAAAGACAGACGCGUCAAGAGCUGACCGAAGAUAUCUUGGCCGGUGACGAUAGUGAUGAGGAUGGUUUGGCAAACAAGGAGAACGAAGAUGAACUGUCCGGCUUGCGUGGUCAAGGUCCCAUGUCAAUGGCAGAGUUAUCCAAGCAUCAAGAUCGAGUUCGUGGCAGCAAUGGCAAAAACAGCAAAAGCAAUAGCAGCCAUAAGAAGAGCCGAAAACGAGUCAAGAAGAGAUCGGACGAUGAUGCGCCCGCGGCAGUCUCGUCAUCGUCGGCAUUGGCAGCAGCACAUAUUGAAGGCAGCAUUGCUGUUUCGAGACCCAAGCGAAACGCUUCGCAACGCAAGCGUCGGGUUUCGGACGACUCGGAUGCAGAGGAUGGUCGCCGUUCUAACAGCUCAUCGGGGAGCGAGCUGAUUGUAUAUGGUAAUGAGCAGAUGGACUUCAAUGUCAAGGACAACCAGACGAUUGUGCACCAGUCCAGCGUCGCGGCAUGUGUUCCAGUUGCUGCUCCUGCUCCGGCGCCUGUCGAAGAAGAAGAAGAAGAAGACAUAGAUGAAGAGAUUGAUAUCAUGCUGUAAAACCCCCGCUUUCUCUCUUCAUCUCUUUCACAUACACGCUUGCUCCUCAUGUCCCCUUGUUUAUCUCUAAUUCUUCUUCCUACCCUACUAUAUAUAAUCUGGCAUCCUAAAAAAGCAUCUCAUCCACACAUAUUCAUGACCAUCACCUCUUCUCCUCCCCGAACAUACUAUAAACCAACCCUUUCAUCAUUCUGUAAUUGUAGCAUUCCUCUCCCUCCCUCCCUCCCUCCCUUGUCAUUAUAUCGUUUGCACUCACAAAAAAAAGGUUCUUUUUUUUCUUUGAUUUGCAUUUGUUUUCCUUUUUUUGUAUUAAUAUCACAA